AGAGACACUGAACUGCACAGCCUGCCACGGAGAGAUAUACUGUCUCUUCAGCGUAUUGGGGGGAACAGGCAGUGUACACACACACACACACACUCACACACACACGCGCGUGCGCGGGCACAGCCCGAGGGAGGGACCCACUGACUGGAGGAGGCAGAGCUGCAGUCAGGGCAGGAGAAGAGAGUGAGAGGAAGAGGUGGGGAGCAGAGGGACACCGGCGGAGUGGAGAGGGCAGAGGGAGGAAAAGGCAGAGAAACACUUCAGAGAUGGGUGAGUUAUAACUAAGAGAGCAGGAGGAAAAGCAGAGAAAGGGAGACAAGGAGAGCUGUGGGGAAGGGAAAGUUGCUCAGAGACUGAGUCAGCCUCAAGAGGGCAAACACCAGGAGACGAGUGCUGGGACCACGCCAGCAUAUCAAGAAAGACCUGUUCUGUCUGAAUCUUCACCAUGAGCACAAGGAAGAGCUGCCCCCUGCCACUGGGGCAAGGAGACCGUGAGGAAAAGCAGAGCGAGGGUACUCCUGACCUGGAGCGACAGGAGUGUGAGGUGGAGCUGAGGAACAAAGCUAUUCUUCAACAGAAGAGGCGCCUUAAACAGGCCACACAGUUUGUGCACAAGGACUCUGCUGACCUGCUGCCCCUGGAUGGCUUGACAAGGCUCGGCACCUCCAAGGAUCUGCAGCCACAUAGCGUGGUUCAGCGGCGCCUCUUGGAAGGCAAUCUGAACAAGCUGCGGGGCGAGACCAGGGUUCAGUCUGCAUGGGUUCGAUCUCCGCUGGCAAAAGACCAGGAUGAAAAGAUGGAAAGGGGAGAGGACAGGAGAAAAGAGUCUUCGCCCCUGCUAAUACAGUGCCAGUGCCAAGGUCAGGUAUUGAAAGCAACUGUUAACACUGGCUGUCUACCAAAUCUCAUCUCCAAGAGCUGUUUAAACCAUCUGGGGCUGGAAGAAAUGUCUGCCAUGGACUGUGGAGACCUCUCUCUUCCCAUCCCCAGCGUUGUUGGCCGAGUAGAACACAUGGAGUUGCAAUUUGGCCAGGAGACAGUGCUGUGUUCAGCACUGGUUGUAGAUGAUGAAAUGCUGGAGUUUUGCAUUGGUCUCCAGACUCUAUUGUCUCUCAAGUGUUGCAUCGACUUGGAGGAAGGAGUCCUGAGAUUUAAAGCACUGAGUCAAGAGCUGCCUUUUCUACAUGCUUCUGAAGAGCCUGGUCAGUGACUGGCUGCAUUCCCCAUGUCUGGGGCUGAGGAGACUUGCUGCUAUGAGACAGAUGAGGGUGAGACUCACAUGCCCCUAACCUUGUUGAGUUCUAGGCUGAGGCAUUCACUGGGGAGUGAGAAAAAGGCAAACGGGUGCUGGAAGCUACUGUUGCCGGGAGUGCCUCAUCUUGAGAGAUAUCCCUCCUUUCAGUGGACCCUCUUGCGUGUCCCCAUGUCCCAAGUGGCCAUUUUGUUCUUCUGUCUGUCCCUCGUCACUCCAAUUUCUGCUUCUGUACUAAAAUCACUCUACCCUUUAAAUGACUUAUUUUUACAAUACCCUCCGUUCAUGAGACAAGAGAGUCUCCGUGAACAAUCUCCAUGCAUUCUGUGGACAGAAGGACAGAGCUUUCUCCAAAAGCCUCCAAAGAUUGCCAUGAAAGUUUCCCUUCUCUUUGCCUCAAUGUGAGUGGACUCCACUCCCCUUUCUUUGUGGGAAGGGCUCUGUGGCCAGUUCCCUCAUCUGUACUCUGGGAAGCUAGAUUUUGUUACUUUUUGCUGGCUCAGACAAGAACAGAAGUAUUUUCUUGGAAAAACCCCGCAGCAAGAACACUUUCAGAGUUCUUAAUUCUAAGAAACAUUUGCAGAAAUGCUGAGCAUAGAUGCCUGGAGUACAGAGGACAGAGUACAGGGGCUUGGGCUUUGCCACUGCAUCCUUGGCUACUAAGCUAUAUUAUAUGAAUGGCAAUGCUUAUCAUCUCUUGGUGUUACACGUAGUAACCAGACUUGCACACACUGCUCUUCUGACCAGGCCUCUACUCUCUGCACUCCAGCUGCUAGAGCUACGUUCCUAUCACCUCUGCUGCAACAUCAGAGAUACUGCCACCCAGUUUAAAAGCUGCAAUGAAUUACAGCACCUAGAGUCUUCUGCUCUGUCAGCUCCUUUCUUUCAACUGGAAAUCUAGUGAAUGGACACAGACACAUCAUCAGCCUCAAGUCCCGGCAUCUCACAGCCCAUCAACUUUGCUACUCCUGCAUGAAACAAGAACUACACUUCCUUGCAGUAUCAGCUCAGUGAAUUGAAUGUCGCAACCAAAGCCAUAAAUCAUUUAUCUGCAAAUGCUCCCGCUGUCUGCAAAUGCUGUUGGACUCCUCACUUGCUGUGUGCUGGCACUGGGACAUACAAACGCGUCUCGCAAUUCCUG